AUGGCUGCGUCAGCUGAUCCUCAACCCCGAAAUCUUCAGGAAGGUGUUCGACGUCAACGUCUACGGAACGUUUCGUUCCUGGCCGCCAAGCACGCGGCCAGGGUGAUGGAGAAGGGCGGCAACGGAGGGGCCAUCCUCCUGACCGGCAGCGUCGUGACGGCCAGCUACGGGAUGGCCCCACACGCCUACGUGGCGUCGAAGCACGCGGUGGUGGGGCUGACGAAGAACCUGUGCGUGGAGCUAGGGCCGUUGGGGAUACGGGUCAACUGCAUCUCGCCGUAUGGGGUGCCGACCCGGCUGAGCAUGGACGCCACGGGGAUGGAUGAGGCGGCGUACGAGGCCAAAGGGAACCUCAAGGGAGUUGUGUUGAGGCCUGAGGGCCGACGACAUUGCCAUGGCGGCGUUGAAUCUUGUGAGUGA